AGCGCAGGCACAACGCAAAGACGGCUCCUUUACUCUCUGUUCUCUCCGCUGAUCUCUCUCUCGUCUCUCCCAGAUCCAAAGUCAUCUUCUGCACCUGAAAACCUCUCUCGAUAAUCAAAUACUCAAUCCCGCUGCGCCCGAUUUACCGGUCAAAUAUCCGUCCACUCAUCGCAAGAGAGUAUGUCGUCUCCUCCUCGCGCUACCUUCCCGAUCUCAAACCCGCCAACCGUCCCUACAGCCGGCCAAUCUCAGCCGCCCAUUGCCACACCCGCCUUCCGCGCCUUCAUCUCCCGCCUCUCCGAAACCGUCCGCCACGGCCUCUCGCAACGCCGACCUUGGUCCGAGCUUGUCGAUCGUUCCGCCUUCUCCCGUCCUGAUUCACUAACCGAAGCCGCAUCGCGCGCCCGCAAGAACUUCUCCUACUUCCGGAUCAACUACGUCACCCUUAUCACCGCCGUCCUCGCCCUCUCUCUUCUCUCUCACCCCUUCUCUCUCCUCGUCCUCCUUUGCCUCCUUGCCGCCUGGCUCUUCCUUUAUCUCUUCCGUCCAUCAGAUCCGCCUCUCGUCCUCUUCGGCCGCACUUUUAGCGAUCGUGAGACCCUUGGUAUCCUGAUUGUGCUCACCGCCGUCGUUGUCUUUCUCACCAGCGUUGGGUCGCUCCUCAUCUCCGCUCUAAUGCUUGGCGUGGCCAUAGUGUGCGCUCACGGUGCAUUUAGGGUUCCAGAGGAUCUAUUUCUUGACGACCAAGAGCCUGCCACUGCCGGAUUUCUCUCGUUUCUCGGAGGCGCGGCCUCAUCUGCCGCCGCCGCCGCUGCGCCUGUUGUUGCCGCUCGCGUCUAAGAGUCUGACAUGAUCUGAUUCACGGUGUCAAGGUUGGUUGGAGCAAGCUGAAUUGUUUAUUCUUGAGUGGGUUUUUUCCCAUUUUCCUCCUUUUAGGUAUCAAAACGAAAGAUUCAUUGCUUCGAAAUUUUUUGCCGUACUCGCUUAGGGUUUACUUUUUUCUUCUUCUUUGCCCCUUCUUUUCUUCUCUUCUAUAUGUAGAUCAGAUCUCGAACCAGCAAUUGUAGAAUUGUUUACGUUUUAUAUUGUGCCUGAUAUAGAAAUUCAUGUAAUAUUUGAAAAUGGAUCUGAAAACUGCUUAUUAGAAUUCUAUAAUGCUGUUUACGACAAAUCUUUAGCGAUCUGUUAUA